AUGGUUCAAAUUAAAGUCAAAGAAGGCUUGCUGGAGGGAGAAGUGACCGAGAAUGUUUUGGGAGGAAGUUUUUACAGUUUCAGAGGCAUCCCUUACGCUGAACCCCCUGUUGGUGACCUCAGAUUUAAGCCACCGCAACCAAAACAGCUCUGGGAUGGAAUUAGAGAAGCAAAGGAGUUUGGUCCCAUUUGCUAUCAGAUACUUUUGCACGGCGAUGGGUCCGCACCGGCCGGUUCUGAGGACUGUCUGUAUUUAAAUGUGUAUACGCCCGAAAUUUAUCCAAACGAGCUUCUUCCGGUCAUGUUCUACAUUCAUGGAGGUGGUUUCAUCAAUGGAAGCGGUAACGACGAUAUGUACGGUCCCGAGUUUUUAGUGAGACAAGGAGUGGUCCUUGUGACCUUCAAUUACAGAUUGGAAGUUCUAGGCUUCCUCUGUUUGGACACUGAAGACGUGCCCGGUAACGCUGGCAUGAAGGACCAAGUAGCGGCUCUUGGUUGGGUAAAUGAAAACAUCACCAGCUUCGGCGGCGACCCCAAAAAUAUCACGAUCUUCGGACACAGUGCCGGUGGAUGCAGCGUGAGUUAUCACCUAAUUUCACCAAUGUCGACGGGCUUGUUCAAGAAAGCUAUAGUCAAAAGUGGUUCCUUCACUUGUCCAUGGGGAAAGAUGUUCGAACCGAGAGAGAGAGCAUAUGCGUUAGCUAGAAAAUUAGGAUUUCACUGCACAGAUGAUAAGGAGCUGUACGAAUUUUUCAAAACCCAGCCGAAGGAAUCACUAAUCAAUAUACAGGUGCCAAUAACAUUGAGCGAAAAAGCGAAAAAACAGUUCGAGCCGCAUUUCGGGGUGGUGGACGAAAAGAAGUUUGGCAAUAAUGAAAGAUUCAUAUAUGGAGAUUUGACUGAGAGACUUCGUAACAGCAUGCAUGAAGCAAUUAAAACAGGUGCGGCGGUUGGCAAAAGCGGCGUGCCUCUUGGCAGCCCGCCUAAGCCCGCGCUUACCCUGAUAAUUUCCAAGCCUCACUCCGGACCCGGCUUAAAGCCACUGGAUUGUCUCGCCGCC